GCACGUCUCGUGGAUGUACGUGAACGUUGUUCGUCAGUCGUGAAGGUGCUGGCAACAUAACUCGUUAGUUUCGCGUCCCAACUCACUUCCCUUCCGUUUCGUCCUGUGUCGAUUGUCGUGUACUACACAUGUCUUUCCUUCAUCUCCCCCCUCCGUUCUUGGCCUGAUCUUGUGCUACGGAACUAGUAUUAUGUAAACACUUUCGCGAAAUACCCGCUCGUGCAAGAAUCACAACCCACAGUGAGAAGAAUCGGUUUCAUUUCCAUUGCAUAAGCCCGCCCGUGAUUGGGUUUAUGUUCCGUGCAGUUACAAAAGCUUCCAUGGUCCUGCCACUGCCAAGGUGAUAAGAGCGCGCCCCAAAUUGCAUUCCGCUGCAUAAGUGUGCCUAAUCAGUAAACCAAAAUUUCACCUGGUGCACUCCUGGAUUAUCGGUUCUUGUGUGCUACUUCCUCGCUUCUUCCCGGGGCCAGAGCCACAAUCUAACGGGAUAUCAAGCACACUUGUACCUACGGCCCCGAGCCUACAGCAUACCGCGAGACGAGAAGUUGUGUGUUUGCUGCGACUCGGCAACGGGACUGUAGCAUUAGUGUUUGGAAACCCAACCGAGUGGGACGGUUCUGCUCUCCACCAAUUGGACGGUCUCCCCAGCAUCACUGACGUGCACAGCAUAACGACGUCGGGCCAACCUUCGCGAGACACGAUCUCCCGACCGACCACACCAGCAUUGCAAAGCGGACAAGUAGUGGCCCAUUUUUUUUUGUCGUAAACCAUAUGUUUUACCGUACACUUUCACCCCGCGAGUCCACCGUAACCCGUCGAUCUGGAUUUAGUGGUAGUGUGCAGACCGAACGUGCAGACAAAUUAUACGUUCACGACAACGUAACGACACUGCCGGUGACCUAAGAUCCCCCGGCUGUCCGUGUGUAACCAUUACACAACCUACGCCGUGCGUACUUUCACGCGAGCAACAAAUGCACCUUUCGGCUUAAGUUUGGUCAAAGGUUUGGCGGGCAUCUGGAGAACUGCCAUUAGACGAAGGGCACGUUUAAAACAUUGACGAGAAAAGCCAAGAACCAACUGAAAUAUCUGCCACCGAACACUGCCAGCAAACUCUUUUGAGAAAAUCAUCGAAGGAGUCGGAAUUGGUCUGCAAAAAGAAACCAUGGGUGACGAUCAGGAGCGCGCGAAGAAAACGAUCCGUGUCGGAUCGCGGAAAAGUGAGCUGGCCCUCACACAAACGAAGCACGUGAUCGCAUUGCUCCAGAAGCUCAACCCGGAUGUGGUGUAUGAAAUUCAUACGAUGACGACGGUCGGUGAUCGAGUGCUGAACAAAUCGCUGCCGAAGAUCGGCGAAAAGUCUCUCUUCACCAAGGACCUGGAGGAUGCGUUGCGUACCGGUGGCGUCGACUUUGUUGUUCACUCGCUGAAGGAUCUGCCGACGGCCCUCCCGGUUGGCAUGGCCAUUGGAGCCGUGCUGGAGCGUGAGGAUCCUAGGGAUGCGCUCGUGUUGAACGAACGCCACCGGGGCUGCACGCUGGCCACACUGCCCCGAGGCUCGGUUGUGGGCACAUCGUCAUUGCGCCGUUCGGCCCAGCUGGCUCGCUACUACUCGCACUUAGGGGUGUGUGACAUUCGGGGGAAUCUGAACACUCGCCUUGCGAAACUGGACGCCGACGCAUCCAAGUUCGCUGGAAUCGUGCUGGCCCAGGCCGGUCUCGUUCGGAUGGGUUGGCAUAAGCGUAUCGAUCAGAUUAUCGAACCGCACGAAAUCUUGUACGCUGUUGGGCAGGGUGCGUUGGCCGUCGAGUGCCGAUCCAACGAUGACUACAUCCUGACUAUGCUGGCCAAGCUGUGCCAUCUGGAGACCCAGUGUCGGAUCCUGACCGAGCGGAGCUUCCUCAAAACGCUCGGUGGAGGCUGUAGUGCACCGGUGGCUGUACGGACCGAGCUUAAGCUCUCUCAAGAGGCUGCCAAUGGCCGCAAGCGGGCCUCGUCGGCGAGUGACGAUGGCGAAACUUUCCAGCUGCACGUGCAAGGCGCUGUCUGGAGCUUAGAUGGCAAGACGGAGAUCCGAUCCGAGGGCGAGUGUGUGCUGAAUCUCGGCGAAAGUCGUCCGAAAUCGCCUCGCUUGGAGGAUCGCAACUCGGAGGAUGAAACGCCGGUAGCGAAAAAGGCCAAACCAUCGUCUGGAGGUAGUUCGCCGGAGUCGGGACGCGUCUGUCCCAUCGAUCACCAUCAGCAGCGGAAGAAGAGUCCGGAAAUUAUUGUCGAUUCCGACGAGCUGCUACUGCUACCCGGCUGCUCGAAGGAUGGCGGGGCACGCUUGGAUCUGACCAAGUUCAUCGACAUCCAUGGUGAGCUGUUCAAGAAGUGUCCGUACUCAUCCGAGCUGACAAAACUGGCCAAGGAGGCGAAGCAGGCAGCCCUAGAUCGAAACGAAUUGGAGGGCGAAAAAGCCGAAGAAGAGAAAGAGCAGGACGAGGGAAAAUCGCAACCAACGGAACAGGAGACGGGAAAAAGUGAGACAGAUCGAUGCCCUAGCAGCCGGUUUCCCGUUGGGCAGGAGGUAAUGGGUGACUGCCCGUUCGUUAGCACCGAGGCAAAGGUUGACCUCGGUGGCAGUCUAUCGGUAGGACUCGUUUGCCCAGUGACAGGCCGGAAGCAAGAGAAUGGCUCGCAGAAAAACGGAUCUUCCUCUGAGGCGACCACCGAACUGAGCACGGCCCCGUUGGCGGAUAAAUGUCCGUUUCUCGCAGCCAAAGUGCUGGACUAUAAUGAACAUCUCGAUCGGCGCAAGAUCGCGGAACCGACACUGGAGGAUAACAGUGAACAGCUGUUCUGUGGAAUGCAUCGGCACUCGUUUAUCGAGCGGGCAGUUUUCGAGAGGUGCGAAAAGCUCGGCUACGAUCUUGCCCAUGACCUGAUCGCAAAGGGUGCACUGGCAGUGAUGAAGUGCGCCCAAAAUGAAAUACACUCUAAAAUAGCAUAAUGCAGCAUUCGGGGUGCUUACAGUGCGACACCGUUAUCUUCAUCGUCUCAACCCGAAGCAGUUGAUUUUGUUUGUUAAUCUAUUUUUUCGUUACGCGCGAUUUGUAAACUUAGACAAUGUGGGAGAAAAGGUGGAAAACGUUGACCCAAGGGAUCAAUUUUUUGUAUGUUCCGGAACAUGUUUUGCAAUAUAAAUGUUAGAAAACGGCGAAUUGAAAAGAUGAAAAACUCGUAUCGACGUUAGUGCUGGGAAGAGUUUUGUGUGAAAGAAAUUGCCAGAGGUAUAUUGUUACAUACUACUAUUUAAAUGUAUUUUAUAAAACGAAAAUACACUAUUACAUGUAUACG